AUGAAGCCUGAAGAUGGAGAGCCCUUAUAUCUUUACAUGGCAGUAUCUUCAACUUCAGUAAGUGCAGUGCUAGAAAAGGAAAUAGAAAGUCAACAAAAUCCUAUUUACUACGUAAGCAAAAGUUUAAUUGAUGCUGAAACCAGGUACUCUCAUCUCGAAAAACUUAUACUUGCAUUGGUAAUGGCAUCUACUAAGCUUAGGCAUUACUUUGAAACGCAGGCUAUACAUGUUAGGACUAACUACCCUAUAAAAUGUGUCCUAAGAAAACCUGAAGUAUCUAGUAGGAUGGCUAAGUGGUCCGUUAAAUUAAGUGCUUUUAAUUUAAUCUAUGAACCUAGGACUGCUAUAAAAUCACAGGCCUUAGCAGACAUUGUGGCUGAUUUCAGUACCGAUUUGCAAUCUGAUGUAGACUUAGAAGUAAAAAUGCUAGAAGAAUCCACUGAAAAGUGGACUUUACAUACUGAUGUUGCAGCUAAUGUUAAAAGAAUAGGAUUAGGCAUCGUACUAAAAUCGCCACAGGGGAUAUCAUACCCCAGAUCAUUGCUUCUAGCUAAUCAUUUUAAUGGAACAUGUGCUGCGAAGGGUGAAAAAUUAAUACAAUAUUUGGAAAUUGUCAAAAAACUGGCAGAAAAUUUUGAUUUGUUUGACAUAGAGCAAGUUCCUAGAGAAGAAAAUACUGAAGCUGAUGCUUUAGCUAAUUUAGGAUCAACACUUAAGAUGUCACCAGAAACUAAGAUUCCUAUAGUUCACAUUUUGCAACCUGCUAUAGGAACAGAAUCAGCAAAGAUAUUAGCUAUUGAAGGUACAGAAAUAGACCAACCUGAGAACAAUCAAAAUUCACGGACUACACCCAUAAUAGAAUAUUUAAAUACUGGGACAAUUCCUAAGGAUGAACACCCAAAGAGUUUUCGCAUGAAAACUGCACAUUAUUCUAUGAUAAAUGGUACUUUGUAUAGAAGAUCACUUGCAGGACCAUAUCUUCGAUGUUUGGAACACCCUGAGACUACUGAGGUACUCAAAGAUAUCCAUGAAGGUGAAUGUGGAAACCAAAUAGCAGGAAGAUCUUUGUACUCCAAGAUCUUGAGAACAGGUUAUUAUUGGCCAACUAUGAAACAAGACGCUGAAGAAUACGCUAAGAAAUGUGAUGCAUGCCAAUGA